AGCACGAGGAGAGGCUCCGUCGGAGUUCAGAGUCCAGAGAGCGGACGCAACAGCCCACUCUCCCCAACGAUCGAAGUGAGCAGCGCAGUGAAGCCAGCCGCCCUCGCCGCCGAUGAGCCGCCUACUCUCCCGGCGGCAAAUUGACGCCGUCCGUCGAUCCGCACCCCUCGCGUGCGUGUCCAGGUGGCUGCACACGCCGUCAUUUGCGACGGUGUCUCCGCACGAGGUUUCAGGUUCCAGCCCCGCAGAAGUGCAGAAUUUUGUGCAGGGAAGCUGGACAGCAUCUGCUAACUGGAACUGGAUAGUUGAUCCCUUGAACGGUGACCAAUUCAUCAAAGUUGCUGAGGUUCAGGGAACAGAAAUAAAGCCAUUUGUGGAGAGUUUAUCUAAAUGCCCAAAGCAUGGACUUCACAAUCCACUUAAAGCUCCAGAGAGGUACCUCAUGUAUGGAGAUAUAUCUGCAAAAGCUGCACAUAUGCUGGGCCAACCUGCAGUCUCAGAUUUCUUUGCUAAACUUAUCCAGAGGGUAUCUCCAAAGAGCUACCAACAAGCUCUUGCAGAAGUUCAAGUUUCUCAAAAGUUUUUGGAAAACUUUUGUGGAGAUCAGGUACGUUUUCUGGCAAGGUCAUUUGCUGUACCUGGCAACCAUCUUGGACAAAGAAGUAAUGGCUACCGUUGGCCAUAUGGCCCAGUUGCAAUUAUCACACCAUUCAAUUUUCCAUUGGAGAUUCCCUUACUGCAAGUAAUGGGAGCACUAUACAUGGGAAAUAAACCAGUACUCAAGGUUGACAGCAAGGUUAGCAUUGUGAUGGAACAAAUGAUUAGGUUGCUUCAUGAUUGUGGAUUGCCAGCGGAGGAUAUGGAUUUCAUAAAUUCUGAUGGUGUCACAAUGAACAAGCUUCUGUUAGAGGCUAAUCCGAAAAUGACCCUUUUCACUGGGAGCUCACGGGUAGCAGAGAAAUUGGCUGCUGAUUUGAAAGGCCGAGUCAAAUUGGAGGAUGCUGGUUUUGAUUGGAAAAUUCUUGGUCCAGAUGUUCAAGAGGUUGAUUAUGUUGCAUGGGUUUGCGAUCAGGAUGCUUAUGCUUGUAGCGGUCAGAAAUGCUCUGCUCAGUCUGUUCUAUUCAUGCACAAGAAUUGGUCUUCUAGUGGCCUUCUUGAGAAAAUGAAGAAACUUUCUGAAAGAAGGAAGCUUGAAGAUUUAACAAUUGGUCCAGUCCUUACAGUUACUACAGAAGCCAUGAUAGAGCACAUGAACAACCUUCUCAAAAUACAAGGAUCGAAGGUUCUGUUUGGUGGUGAACCGUUGGCGAAUCACUCAAUUCCCAAAAUUUAUGGCGCCAUGAAGCCUACUGCUGUAUUUGUCCCCCUAGAAGAAAUUCUAAAAAGUGGGAACUUCGAGCUUGUGACAAAGGAGAUAUUUGGUCCAUUCCAGGUAGUUACAGAAUACUCUGAGGAUCAGCUUGAAUUGGUCUUAGAAGCCUGUGAAAGGAUGAACGCGCAUCUGACGGCUGCAGUAGUCUCAAACGACCCGCUAUUCCUGCAGGAUGUACUUGGGAGAUCUGUUAAUGGGACAACGUACGCCGGGAUUCGAGCGAGGACCACUGGUGCUCCACAGAACCACUGGUUUGGUCCGGCUGGCGAUCCACGAGGUGCAGGGAUCGGAACUCCGGAGGCCAUCAAACUUGUCUGGUCCUGCCACAGGGAGAUCAUAUAUGACGUCGGCCCCGUGCCCAAGAGCUGGGCGCUUCCUUCCGCGACUUGAUUAGCUAGACGGGGAGAGGAGAGACCAUUCCAUUUCAUGGGGAAUAAAAGGGGAAGAGAAGAGGAGCUGGCAGGGCCCGGAGUUGUCAGGAAUCGAGAGCGAGUGGCCUUGAAUGAAUAAUAUAACCUGUAUUUCUAGGUAUGCUCUGCUCCCUCAACCUCAAUAAAACACAAUAAAUGGGUCUUAUAGCCUGAUGUACCAAUGUUCGUUCCCCAUGAUUGGAUCGGAUUAGUUACAAACAAGAAACGACAUGCAUGAAUUGGUUGACUUCCUCAAAAGUGCUCUGGUUGCGUCAUCAGCAGCGAACAAUACUAUUCCA